UCCUCUGUCUAACUUAACUCAUCAUUCUUUCGCAAUGGCUCUUAUCAACAGCAAGUUGGUUCUUUCGUUGACAAUUUCAGCUCUUAUGGUCAGUAGCUCAACAUUUGUAGCUGCAAGGGAAGUGCCAGCCACGAUUCAUCACCCAGGUCAUAACUUAGCAGCUCGGAUCAAUGCGGAUGACGGUGCUGGCAUGGUUGAAUGCUGGAAUGCACUAUAUGAGUUACGAUCUUGCACUAACGAGAUUAUACUUUUCUUCAUGGAUGGAGAGAUGUAUCUUGGUCUUGAAUGUUGUAGAGCUAUCCGUAUCAUAACUCGUGAAUGCUGGCCUUCUAUGCUUACUUCUGUGGGUUUUACUGCUGAAGAGGGCGACAUUUUACGUGGUUACUGUGAUGCUCCACACUCGGCUGCACCUCGUUCUUCACCCGUUGCCAUGCUUCCACCGGCACAUGCUCCUGCUCAGUCACCUAUCUCAGGACCAAGUACUGCCCCAUAGUGGUUGAAUAGAUAAUUUUCCUUUGAAGGACUAGUGCUUGAUCCUAUAUAUAUCGAUGUGUCCUUCAAUUGAGUUUUAUUAGUGUGUUAUCUAUUUGAGGUUAUGAGUAGUGAUUGUGUUUGUUUGAGUUUGUAGUGGU